AUGGCCAGUGUAUCACUAUCUCCACUCUCGAGUUCUGUGGAGAAGACAAAUGGAGCUAAGCUCAGCAGACUUCUCGUCGAUGGUGGAACAACAGUUCUCAGGAAGAUUUUUGAUCAGCAUCACCCUCGUGCCAUCUUGACUGCGGAUCUCAAUUCGAAUUAUUCUAUUCUAAACAACCUAUUGCGUAGGAGAGUUUUGAAUAGUUCCCAGUGGGACCAACUGUUUCCACCUGAUGGAACCGAACCAGCCUCUAACACUUUUGACAUCACUCUUCUAUUUGUCCUUCUGACAAAUGUUUGUGGACUAAUCCCUCCUCCCUCUGGGUGGCACACAAACCCACCACCAAGUGACACAUCUCAUGAGGCUAAUCUUGCAAGAGUUAAGUUCUAUCGUAAUACCUUGUAUGGUCAUGUGACAACCACUGGUGUUGAUUCUUUAACCUUUUCUACCCUCUGGAAGGAAAUAAGUGCUGUUCUUAUAGAUCUUGGCCUAGAUCGCGCUGACAUAGAAAGGCUGGAGGCAGAGAAAGGUGGAGAGCAAGAUUACCUUAGUGCUUUGCAUGAGUGGGCUGAACGUGAAGAAGAUAUUAAGUCCCAGUUGAAGAACAUUGCACAAUCUCAGGCUAAAUCUGAACAGGCUAUAAACGACAUUACAGUCGGUCUUGAAGAAGUUAAACAAGUAGUUGAUGGGUUAAAAGAACAAAGAGACAAGGAAAAGGCAGCUACAGUUCUUCAGAAACUUUCCAAAUCGGAAUUCAAAGGCGACAUCGAUUAUCACUUGCAACGAUUUCAAGUAGGUACCCGUGAGUGGAUCUUUGACAGGGUUCAGAACUGGCUGGAUGACAGAAGCUCUCAAAACCGGGUAAUGGUGAUCAGUGGAAAUGCAGGAAUGGGAAAAUCGGUCAUCGCUGCUGUGAUCUGCAAGAGAAUGCAUGAGGCUGGCAGACUGACAGGAAGCCACUUUUGUCAGUAUAAUAAUGCACGUUACUGUAAACCUCAGUUGAUGCUUCAGUCGUUGGCCUGCCACAUGUCCCACGUUCUACCUGAGUACAGGCAAAGUCUUGUAGAACAGUUAUCACGAAAUCUGGGCAUGGACGUCAACAACAUGAGCGUGGAGGAGCUGUUUGCAUUGCUGUACAAGGAACCUCUGAACACCGUAGUUGAUCCUGGAAGGAACAUGCUGAUGGUUCUGGAUGGUCUGGAUGAAAGUGAAUAUCAAGGACGAAAUGAGCUCCUUGACGCCAUCGUGAAGCAGUUUAGUAAGCUUCCAACUUGGAUUCGUUUUCUUGUCACAACGCGCCCAGCGAGAAAUAUUACAGAGAAAUUAAAGAUGUUGAAUCCAUUUGAAUUACAGUCUAGUGAUGAAAGGAAUUUUCAAGACAUAAGGACGUUUUUAAAACAGAAUCUUCCGCGCGGGAUCAAAGAAGAAAAUAUGGACGAGCUUUUGGAGAGACUAGUUUUAAAAUCCGAAGGACUUAUGUUGUAUGCUUAUUUUCUUAUUUUGUUCAUUAAUGAGAAUGCAUCAGCUCUACACCAGGAACUUCUGGAUGGUAGUUUGCCAUUAGGAAUUUCUUCAGUCUAUCAUUCCUAUUUCAGACGUCUGCAAAAUGAACUUAUCACGGAACUUGACAUACAAGAGGAACAUUUCCUGAAUUUACUAUCUGCCAUUACUGCCUCAAGGGAACCCUUGCCAGUUGGGUUUGUUUCUAAAGUGUUAGUUCCUGGAACUAAUUCAACACUUGCAAAGCGUAAAGUGCUAAAAGCUCUAGGCAGUGUGUCCGCACUUCUUCCCAUUCGUGAUGAACGCCUCCAUCUCAUCCACAAGUCAGUCAAAGACUGGCUGACUGACACAUCAUGUUAUGGAGAACAUGAAUUUAUCAUGGACGAGAACGAAGGCCACCGUAUACUAGCCAGCCUAUGUACUGACGAACUGGAUAACCUAAAACGGAAAGGCGUACAUAACGUACAACUGAGCACCACUGAGAAUUAUGCUCUCUACCAUGGUGCUCGUCACAUGAUGCACCCAGGUAUGGAAAGGAGGCCAUCUGAGCUGGAGGAAGUGACAAAGGCAUACGUGAUAGAUUUAGAGGUAGUGUACGUUAAGACCUGUUUAAACAACACAUUAGCAGCAGAAGACCUUGUUUGGCUUCAAAAGGAGGGUUUUUCUGCGUUGUUAUCACAAGAUAGCCGAAACAUCCUGAAUAUGUUGUUGUUUCUGCUGAGAAAGUACCUCUACAGAUUUACAGAUCGCCCUCGAGUGUUUCUUCAAACCAUGCUGAACCAAGGAGGAAAAGUGUUGUCUAUGGAGGCGUCAAUUCUUUUGCAGGACAAGUAUCCUGAAAUUCCAUAUUUGGAAAAUGUUCACAAGGAGAAGCAGCAGGGAGGUGUUGUAGCGCGAUUUGAAUGUUCGUCUUAUGUGGUCUGUUUGGACGUCUCACCACAUCUGGAGUAUAUGGUCUGUGAAUGUUCAGACGGAAUGCUCCAGCUGUGGUCACUCCAUACUGGCAGGCUAAUAUGGACACGCCCAGUGAAAGUGACGAAGAGUUUCGGAAAGGACUAUUACCAUGAAGCUGGUAGGAUGGUGCCUUCCUCAGACGUCUUUUUAUUUUUUCGCUCUGUUGUUUUCCACCCUACUGAAGAACUUGUCUUACCUGGGGUUCUUAGUCAUGCCUAUACUAUGGACGGAAUUUUGAGCGUGCUUUUUCCCAAAAGUAGCUGUAGCUUCUCAGUUUGUUCAGUUUCUAGAAACAAGACGAAGAUUCUGACUGACUGUGUGGAAAACUCCAAAUGCCUUGUCUUGUGGAGUUUGGAGAGCGGCUCAGAGAUUGCUAGAAUAACGAGUAAUGAAGAUAUCUUAUCUUUUGCUUGGUCUCAAGACAAAGGGCUUCUUGCAAUUUCGCAUCCUUCGGGAUUGAUUCGAUUGCUUGACGAGGUGGGUGGUUUUAGAAAUGUGGCUCAAACAUCCACCCCAGAAGUAUGUGGGAUGUUGAAAUUUUCACCAGAUAACCGAUUUCUCCUUUGUUUGCACUGGUCAGGUUACCUACACCUGUUUCGUACCGAAAUCAGUGCCGAAAAACACGGUAGCUUUUCUUUAAGUGUUUCUCCUGACGAAGUGUCUAGUCAUUACAAGAAAUUUGAAUCUUUCAGUGACUGUGGUUUUGUAUUCGGAGACCUCAUUCGCUCAGAACUGUCCACUAGCAUUACCUUUGUUCUUAAUGAACAAUUUCUGUUAAGAUGUGUGCGGCGAGAGAUAGAAAUGGUGAAUACCAAUGAAGCUGUAAUCAGUGGUCAAGGUAAAGCGUCUGGAAUAGCGCUCAGUUUGGAUGGCCAGACCGUGUAUUUUGUAAGUGAUCCAGCAGUAGUGACAGCAUGUAACGUUUUGAGCGGGACGCUUAAAGCAAUGAAAAACUUUGGGGAUGCGUGGCCCACUCGGUUGUGUCCUGUCAAAGAAGGUCUUCUUAUUACGACGACGAGUGGAACUGUAGAAUUGUGGAACCAUGACUUGUCUGAGUGUGUCAAAAAAUGGGCUAACCUGCCUAAAAUCACAGACGUGAUCCCUCUGUCAAAAGACCGGGUAGCAUGUGUAGAACCGUUUGAAGUGAAGGUGCUGGAUACAAGCAGUGGAGAAUUCGUGUUAUCGAUUCCCGUUUUACAUGCAACAGUUCUGGCAUGCAAUGGUAAAUGCCAGCUGCUAACGAUCAGUUCUUCGGGCUCGCUUCAGUUGUUGGAUGGUACAACCGUUGUCUGGGAAAAGGACAACUUUACAAGGCCUUUCCUUGUUAAGGGUUCUUUAUUCUCUCCCACGGGACAGUUUCUUGUCAUUUGGAAACGUCGUUGUUUGUGGGUUUUGGAUGCAGUUUCAGGAAACACACUCCGUGCGUCAGAUACGAUAGGUGUAAGGGACUGUAAAUUUGUCAGUGACGAGGAAUGUGUCGUUAUUGUUGAUCCUGGUGAUUCUGUGCAACUGCUUAGCGUCAAGUCUGGUGAAGUGCUUAGCAAGCUGGAUGUUGAAGUGGGCAAAGUGACCUGUUUGGCAACCUGUCCUCAUCUAUUCGCCCUUGGUCUGGAAAACUCCGCAGCCAAUUUUAGAGUCAUCAGAGUACAUUUGCCGGAUGAUAAAGACAGUAGGAAGAGCAACAGGUUAACAGCUAUAGAAAAGUGUUUCUUUUGA